UUUUGCAAGUCGAAAAUUUUUUUGAAACUUGGAAAUUUUUCUUUUCUUUACCCCCACGUCCCACGUUUAGAGUGCGAAAGUUCUUGUUCUUUCAACCGUUUUUCUUGAUGUUAUAAACAGUAAAGUAAACAGCAGAUACCUACGAUUCACAAAUUACUUGGUAAUGUCCAGUGUAUGUUAACCGUGGAGCUUGCGUUGUACUGAAAUCACAAAGUUUAGUAAUGUGUCGAAAUUCAAACCAACGAAGUUCAAAGCGUUCGAAAUGAACAGAAAACUCAUACGGUCUAUCUACCCGCGUGAUGUAAUUCGUCGGCAUUCUUGCAUCUACAAACAAUCCGACAGCAAGGAAACCGGCGCCGGUCUUCCAGAAUCAAACAUCGUGAUCUCGAAUGUAAAUAAUGUUUCAGUCGAACCCGACGUACACGUGCCUUCUUCCGAAGAAGCAGUCCAGACUGAUGAUAAUUUUCGAACUAACAGUUUGAACAUUCAGAUGCUGUCUCGGUCACUUUUCGAACAAAUUUUCGGGCAAGUUGAACGUAAAAUUAAUCGCGAUGAAAAGUUGUUACAGAAAUCGUUAGACGAACUGAGACAGCACGGUUUACCCGGGCCUAUGCAAAAGUUACCGGACGUCGAUUUGAAAUUACCAGAAAUUUUGAACGGCGACAUCGAAGAGCAUUUUUACGAACUCGGCAGGCAGCAAAGCGAACCGUAUAAAGCUUUGACCGACCGAUUGUUGAGUCCUAUUCCGCAGAUGCCGUCGGAAUGGAAUUUUUGCGCAGGUUGGACGAAAUACGUCGAUGGGAAACCAGUAAGCGUCGACUACCCGGAAGAAGAAAGUUUGAUAUUCGACGUGGAAGUUUGUUGCUCGGAAGGCGAAAUUCCGGUUAUGGCGACAGCGGCGAGUCCUACUCACUGGUAUAGCUGGGCGAGUAAAGAUUUGUGUGCGAAAAGAAAAGCCAUCAAUAAGAAAAAAAUGUCCAGCUACUCGACCGACGAUUUGAUACCGAUUGAAAGUGCCGCGAACGUUAGAGGCUACAAAUUGGACGACAGGUUUUCGAAACCGAAAAUAGUGAUCGGCCAUAAUGUUUCGUUCGACCGAGCCCGAAUCAAAGAGCAGUACUGGUUGGAGAAAACUGCGCUCAGAUUUAUCGAUACGAUGUCGUUGCACAUUGCCAUAAGCGGCGUAACCAGUUAUCAGAAAUUAAUGUUGAAAAGCGGCGCCGCUCAAAAAGAAGCGUGGGCGGAACUAACUUCUCUAAAUAAUAGUUUGAACGAAGUGCAUAAGUUUUACUGCGGUUCUUCGUUGAAAAAAGAAGAAAGAAACGUAUUUGUGACCGGAUCGUUGAAAGACAUUAGAGACGAUUUCCAAAGUUUGAUGACGUAUUGCGCCAACGAUGUCGCAGCUACCCAUAAAAUAUUAACGCAUUUAUGGCCCGAAUUUUUAAACCGAUUUCCUCACCCGGUUACGUUGGCUGGAAUGUUGGAAUUGAGCGUAUGUUAUCUUCCGGUGAAUCGCAAUUGGCCUACGUAUAUCGAAAAUUCGCAGCAAACGUACGACGAUAUGAACGUCGAGGCGAAAUUAUUACUGUCGCAAGUGGUAGAUAAAAACUGUCAAUUGCUCCACAACGAAAAGUAUAAAUCCGAUUUGUGGUUAUGGAGCGAAGACUGGCAAUUGAAACCGUUCAAAUUGAAUAAAGCGAAAACGAAAUCCAAGAAGAAGACUGAAACUUGCGAUAAGCACGCUGAAGAGACGAAGAACAAUCAAUGCGAAAGCGAAAAAGACGAAAUUGGAUUCGAUCAGGAUAGAAUCGAAAAGUUACGAACUCGAUUUUCAGAGUUACUUCGUACGGGUGAACGACUACCCGUGAGGAUACCAUAUUUAGCUGGUUAUCCGCAGUGGUAUCGAAAACUCUGUUCGCCUCCGAAGGCUGCCGAUUGGAGUCCGGGUCCGCAACUAAUCAGUACGUCGAUGAAAGUAGUUCCUAAAUUGCUCUCGCUUACCUGGAAUCAUAUGCCCUUACAUCACCUUAAGGAAUCCGGCUGGUGUUUCAUCGUUCCUUAUCAAACUGACAUAAGUUUUGCUGAAGCGGAAGUCGCCGUAUUUCCUGUAAAAGAAUUUGUUCGUUAUUAUUUAAAACUGAAAGAAACCGACUGUAUUCGCGAUCCGUCGAUAGAUGUGGAGAAAAUUUGCGUAAAAUUACGACAAUAUUUGAGUGGCGGUGGUGGUGGGGAGAGCAUCAAACUGACGUGUGGUUUGAAAAAAUUACCUCACAAAGACGGAGUCGAUUUAAACGUCGGAAAUCCUCUGGCUAGAGAUUUCGCCAACAAGUUUUCAGACUCUGAAUUGAAAAGCAAUUGCGAAAACGCGGUAAAAAUGAUAGAAAUCAGUCGCCGACUGUCGUAUUGGAAGAAUAACAAAGAUCGUAUCGAAGGUCAGUUCGUCGUAUGGCUGAAAGAUGAAAAUCUACCGAGCAAUUUACGAUCGUCUCAAAGUCACCAAAAACUAGGCGUCAUUCUGCCCUCGGUGGUUGUCUGCGGAACGCUUACUCGAAGAGCUGUCGAAUCUACGUGGAUGACUGCUUCGAAUGCGAGCGACGAGAGAAUAGGUUCGGAACUGCGAGGUAUGAUACAAGCGCCACCCGGUUACAAUAUAGUCGGCGCCGACGUCGACUCGCAAGAACUGUGGAUCGCUUCGUUAAUAGGCGACUCGUAUCAAGCGAAAGAGCACGGUUGCACGCCGUUCGGAUGGAUGACACUGAGCGGUCAGAAAGCCGAUAAAACCGAUAUGCACAGCGUUACUGCCAAAACCAUGGGCAUCUCGCGUAACAGCGCCAAAGUGGUAAAUUACGCGAGAAUUUACGGAGCCGGCGAGAAAUUCGCGAAUAGGCUUCUGAAACAGUUUAUUCCCAAUAUUGAAGACAGAGAUGCCGCGCUUAUCGCUCGUAAAAUGUUGCAAAAUACCAAAGGCAGACGAAUUUACGAAUUGAAACCCGACGUACUGGCCGAACAUAAACACAGAACCUUCACAUUGGCCAACGCUCGACAGCUGUGCAUGCUUUAUAAUAAAUCAGUCGACCAGCUUUUUCAGCCAGCUAAAUGGAGAACUGGCAGCGAGUCGGCGAUGUUCAACAGCUUAGAAGAGAUCGCUUGUAGCGCCGAACCGAGAACGCCGUUUUUGGGUGCUCGUCUUACCAAAGCGUUAGAACCGACAGCCCACGACGAUCAGAAAUUCAUGCCUACCAGAAUUAACUGGGUUGUUCAAAGUAGCGCGGCCGAUUUCCUUCAUUUGUUGUUGGUCUGUAUGCGUUGGCUAAUCGGUCCGAAGAUUCGAUUUUGUCUCAGUUUCCACGACGAAGUGCGUUACGUAGUGCCGCACAAUCAAAAAUACCAAGUAGCUUUAGCCUUGCACGUUAGUAACUUGUUAACGAGAAGUUUCUGCGUUCGAAGAUUAGAUAUGUGCGACUUGCCGCAGUCCGUUGCCUUUUUUUCUUCCGUCGAAGUCGAUACCGUGUUGAGGAAAGAAUCGACGCAAGACUGCAUUACGCCGUCCAAUCCUCACGGUUUGUCCAAAGGUUACGCAAUACCGCCCGGAGAGUCGUUGAAUAUUUUGGAUUCAAUUCGAAAAGCUGACGGAAAAAUCGGAAACGUCGAACCAAAACGUACUUGACCUUUAAGAAUACGAGUUUCAAAAUGUCGAGUUGUUUAAAGAAGAAACACGUUAUGAAUGAGAUUUUAAGCGGCGAUGUAGAAAUCAAAGACGGACAUCAAUUAGUCAAAGUACUAAAAACUCAGGGUAAUCACCUGUACGAAGUUCAAACCACA